AGCCGCUCAUUUGAGUACAGUAGACUACUCUCAAUCUUACCCUUUCUUCAACCUUUCGACUUGCAAGAGAUAGAAGCAGCAGCCGAAAACACCAUGGUAGAAGACAAAGCAACUAAUAGACAAGAAGGAACUGAAACCGAAGAGCAAGAUCAAGUAGUAAAUCCAUGGGAAGUUUCGGCCAAAGAUGGGGGGAAAAUCGAUUACGACAAACUAAUUGACAAAUUCGGAUGUCAAAGACUGGACCAAUCAUUAAUCGACCGUGUCCACCGUCUUACCGGCCGUCCUCCUCAUGUACUCCUCCGCCGCGGCGUCUUUUUUGCUCAUAGAGAUUUCAAUGAGAUAUUAGAUGCUUAUGAAAAAGGCCAAAAAUUUUAUCUUUAUACAGGCAGAGGCCCUUCCUCAGAAUCCCUGCAUUUAGGCCAUCUUGUGCCUUUUAUGUUUACUAAAUAUCUUCAAGAGGCAUUUAGGGUUCCGCUUGUUAUACAGCUCACUGAUGAUGAGAAAUGCAUGUGGAAAAACCUUUCAGUGGAGGAGAGUAAAAGAUUGGCUCGUGAAAAUGCUAGAGAUAUUAUUGCUUGUGGAUUUGACGUCACUAAGACUUUCAUUUUCCAAGAUUUUGAGUAUGUUGGUGGUUCCUUCUACAAUAACAUGGUGAAGGUUGAGAAGUGUGUUACAUAUAAUAAGGUUGUGGGUAUAUUUGGUUUUACUGGUGAAGAUCAUAUCGGGAAAGUUAGCUUCCCAGCUGUGCAGGCAGUUCCAUCAUUUCCCAGUUCAUUUCCACAUCUGUUCUCUGGCAAAGAUAACCUUCGCUGCUUAAUUCCAUGUGCAAUUGACCAGGAUCCAUAUUUCAGAAUGACACGAGAUGUUGCUCCUCGGAUAGGAUAUCACAAACCUUCAUUGAUUGAAUCAUCAUUCUUCCCUGCUCUUCAGGGGGAGACAGGAAAAAUGUCAGCCAGUGAUCCAAAUUCUGCUAUAUAUGUGACUGAUUCGGCUAAAGAAAUCAAGAACAAGAUAAACAGGUAUGCAUUCUCUGGUGGGCAAGAUUCUUUAGAGAAACACAGAAAAUAUGGAGCAAAUCUUGAGGUAGAUAUACCAAUCAAAUAUUUGAAUUUUUUCCUGGAGGAUGAUGAUGAGCUUGAACACAUAAAGAAGGAAUACGCUGCUGGACACAUGCUAACAGGAGAGGUGAAGAAGCGCCUUGCUGAAGUUUUGACCGAAUUGGUGGAAAGACAUCGUUUGGCACGGUCUGCUGUGACUGAUGAAAUGGUGGAUGCAUUUAUGGCAGUGAGACCUCUUCCCAAUAUGUUUGACUGAAGUUGAGGUAAUGCUGGUGUUGUAUUGAAAAGAUUUUGCAAUUGCUUUAAAAAUUCUGGGAAUUGCUUUACAUUGAUGUGGCCAUUUUAAAUAUUACUAGUUCUUUUUACUUCCUAAAUUACAGGGGAGAAUUUUAUUAGCAAUUGAAAGAAGAGGAACCAGAAAAUGGAAAUUGCAUUUUUUUUUCUUGUGGCAUUUUAUCAUUGUAUUCUUGAAUAUUUUCUCCAAUCACAGAGUUCCCUUUCCAUGGAGUUGAAAAGAUUGGCUUACUACAGCUACUAUAGAUCUUUAUUUAUGUAUAGGUAAAAUACAUCCGUGACUCUAAAUUUUGUCAUAAUUAACACUUUUGUCCCUCUACUGAGUAGAGAAAUGAAAAUGUUAAUUAGGGCAUAAUUAAGGACCCAGAUGUAUUCUAUCCUAGUUCAUAUGAUUAAAAGGUUAUUGUAGUCUUUUUAUUUUCAAUUGGUGGUGAAAGUUCACUUUUUGUAA